GCUCCGGAUGCUCCCCCCGCAGCCGCGCCGCACCGGGGCCCGGAAGAGCGGAGGGCUUGGAGCAGAGGCGAGGCGGCGCGCAGUGGCCCGUCCCGGAGUAGAGCUCCUCCUGCCGGGCGGCGCAACCACAAGCCUGGACUUGUUGCGGGAUGGGAGACGAGGCCGACGGCAGGUGCGACCCGGGCGGCGGGGGAGCCACGGGCCGGGAGCCGCGCCCGCCUGGCUUUCUCUUCUCCGUGCCCGGGAAGCGCCCGCCGCUGGGCAAAAGCCGCGCCGGCUGGAGGGAGCGCCUUCCCUCCGAGGGGCCGCCCGUGCUGGCUCCGCACCUCCUGUCCAGCCAUCCCCGAAGGAGGCGGCUGCCGGAGUCAGGGCGGACCGAGCAGAGCCACGGCUUCAGUGGGGGCCGGGCUCCCCGCCCCGUCGGGGAAGGAACCGGGAGGGAGCGGUAUUUAACCCGGGGCCGGCCGGGUCGGACGGCAAAGACGGGCAACUAACCCCGCGAGAGGCUCGAAGAGCGACGGCUCAAUCCCACCUCGAGUCUGGAAGCCGUCACGGGGAGUGGGCAGCGCAGGCUCCGUCGCCGUUCCCGAGCAUCUCUCCGGAGUCCGUCCCGUCUUCUGCCGCCAUGAAGCGCCAGUUGCCGGCUGGGCAGAGUUGCAUCAGCCGCCACCGCCUCCUGCUGCCCCUGCUGCUCCUGCUCUUCCUCCAUCUGGCCGCCGCCGAACUCCGCGGGCAGCCUGUCCAGUCCAGGCGCGGUGCUCGGCUCUCGUUGCCCAGGAAACCUUGGGACUCAAACCACCAUUCUACCUGGCUUCCCAAGAGGCUAUCGAAGAACAGUCUGUCUUGGCUGGCUCAGAAGCAGACUGGGAUGGCAGAUAGCCUGCUCCUCCUCCGAGAGCUCCUCAGGCCCAGACUGGACCCACUGCAGCUUGGCUAUGGCCCUCUGCCCCAGCCCGCACUGAUGCCAGCCCUUCGACGAAAGCGCCGUGCUGCCCAACUAAUGCGCGUGGGUUGUGCUUUGGGCACUUGCCAAGUGCAAAACCUCAGCCACCGCCUUUGGCAACUGAAGGGCCAGUUGGGACGCCAGGAUUCUUCUCCCAUCAGUCUCCAUAGUCCCCAUAGCUAUGGCUGAAGGCAGAGAGUGAUGCCAGGACCGGAAAGGCACCCGCUCCUUGCCCUGAACAUUUCCAGCAGCCCUCUCCUCCUCCUCGACCUGCCAUGCCACCCACUGGUCUUCCUGCUGGACCUACAUGUAGGACGUUCUCCUGGUGGGUGGGGUGGGAUGUGGGCUUUGAAAUAAAGCCAACGUGGGGCAGGGGGUGCUGCUGGAGGGGCCUGAGCAGCAGAAGUCCCAGUUGUCACCUCAGGAGGAGCACUGGGUGCAGCUGUAUAAUAGCCUCACUUCAUCCUUCAUACUGGCAAGAGGGAGAUGAAGGUUUAGCAAUAGAUGGCAAAACUCCAUAUUAACACUGGUAGCAUCAUAAAAGGAGAACCAGCUUUGGCUUUCAGUGAAUCUCUUCCUUGCACACAUUCUUAAAACUAAUAAAACAAUCUAAGCAUGGAUUUUAUCUCUGCGUGCACCACCUCAAAGUUUGGGGCUGUAAUGUCAAACAUGAGGCAUCUCUCCCGCUCGGAAUGGCUCAUGCGGGGGUGCUGCUGCUAUUGCUUAGGUAACACACGUAAGUGUGCAGCUGUGCAAGUGUGCUAUGAGAAAGGGAGACUGGUUGGCUUGCAAGGGAGGGUGUACACCUCCUCAGCCCCCAUUCCCUGGCUUUGGUGCCUCACUUGAAUUCACCAGGCUCCACACCCCCUCCCCAGUGAUAUGGAUGAGGCUUAAUGCAGGGUGCGUUUCAAACCCAGAUCUGUUCUUUGGGUCACUCAGUAUGCAGCUUUUUCUCCCAACUGCCAUGUGAAGGUAGAAUUUUGUGGAACUGCUCCAGCAAAAUAACCUCAGAUAGUGAUCUGAUUAAUGACUGGAGUCCAGUGCAGAUGAUUGUGUCUUCUAGGCACCAAAAAGCAGCUGCCGGCAGGUUUCCAUAACAAAACCCUGGGAAAAGUGGAGUGUUGAAUGUUA